GCAAUGCACAUCCUAGUCUUCCUCUUGGUCCUCUUGAUUUCCCCAUCUUCAUUUGCAGCGACGGAUACACUUCCAGAAGGCUCAUCUCUUUCGGUUGAGAAACCAAGUGACACCCUGGUUUCAGCCAAUGGUGACUUCUCGGCAGGUUUCUUCCAAGUGGGGGAUAACGCUUUCUGCUUUUCCGUAUGGUUCACAAGGUCCAAAGAACCCACCGUUAUUUGGAUGGCGAAUCGAGACGAACCAGUCAACGGGAAAUACUCAGAAUUAUCACUUUGGAGAAAUGGCAAUCUCGUUUUGUUCGAUGCAGGAAGAACCACUAUUUGGAGCACCGCCACCGUCUUCUCCCAAUCGCAGCUGAAGCUCAUGGACAACGGAAACCUCAUCCUUGGCACUUUACAAGGCACUGUCCGUUGGCAAAGCUUUGACUCUCCCACAGACACCAUUCUUCCUGGCCAAGCAGUUACAGAGCAAGCAAGCUUGGUUUCAUCAAGAAGCACAACGAACUAUUCCUCCGGUUUCUAUAAACUUUAUUUUGACAACGAUAAUGUUCUGCGCUUUCUUUUCAAAGGUUCUACACUAUCCAGCGUGUACUGGCCAGAACCGUGGAAACUUCCGGUUGAUGCACAGAGAUCCACCUACAAUGUAACAAAAAUCGCUGUCCUAGAUUCAUUUGGCCAUUUCACAUCCUCUGAUGGGUUCCAAAUCUUUUCCACCGAUUAUGGCAUGAAAUUGUAUAGACGACUCACGAUGGAUGCUGACGGUAACUUGCGUCUCUACAGCUUCAAUGAGAACCACAAGAUGUGGGAGGUAUCAUGGCAAGCCAUUUCACAACCAUGUACUGUUCAUGGUCUUUGUGGAGCUAACAGCAUGUGCACUUAUGAUCCCGUUUAUGGCAGGACUUGCUAUUGCCUGCAAGGAUUUAAGGUUAAGAAUCCAAACGAUUGGACACUGGGGUGUGAGCCUGAAUUUAACCCUGCUGAUCUCUCUUGCAAUCGAAGUGAAUCUUUAGGUUUCCUCCAUAUUCUAAACACGGAAUUAUACGGCUAUGAUUGGAACGUAACAGCCGUUUCAAGCUUGAAGGAAUGCCAAAAUUUAUGCUUGGAACUUUGUGAUAACUGCAAAGGCAUCCAACUCAAAUUCAACGGCAUCGGUACUUAUAAUUGUUACCCAAAAACAAUACUGCUCAACGGUAGGGAUUCGCCCAAUUUUGAUGGAGAGACCUAUCUAAAGUUGCCAAAAGCGACUCUGCUCUCUUCCAACAAGCCUUUUAAUAAGCAUGCACCGUUGAAGUGUUCGGUUGGUUUGUCUCAACGACUGAAUAGAUUUUAUCAGAAACCUAGAAGAAACUCCACAUUGAAUUUCUUGGUUUGGUUCGCUUGCGGGAUUGGGGCUUUUGAGAUGUCCAUGAUUUUCCUUGUGUGGUUCUUCUUGUUUAGAACCAACAAGCGACCUGAUUUAGAAGAUCAACAGAGGCACCUUCUUUCUGCUACAGGAUUUCAAAGGUUCACGUAUGCAGAGCUCAAAAGUGCGUCAAAGGGAUUCAGUGAGGAGAUUGGGCGAGGAGCGGGAGGGGUUGUGUACAAAGGGACAUUAUAUGAUCACCGUGUUGCUGCGAUCAAACGUCUGGGUGAAGCUAAUCAAGGAGAAGCUGAAUUCCUAGCAGAAAUAAGCACCAUUGGCAUGUUGAACCACAUGAAUUUGAUUGAUAUGUGGGGAUACUGUGUCGACGGGAAGCACAGGCUCUUGGUGUAUGAGUUUAUGGAGCAUGGAUCUUUAGCAGAGAAUCUCUAUUCCAAUACCCUUGAUUGGAAGAAGAGGUUUAAUAUAGCUGUAGGUACAGCGAAAGGUCUGGCUUAUUUACACGAAGAGUGCUUGGAAUGGGUUUUACAUUGCGAUGUGAAGCCUCAAAACAUUCUCCUCGACUCUGAUUUUCAACCCAAGGUAGCUGAUUUUGGCUUGUCAAAACUUUUAAAUAGAGAUGAGCGUGCAGGCAGUUCUGCUUUUUCAAGAAUAAGAGGAACUCGGGGUUACAUGGCUCCCGAGUGGGUUUACAAUCUUCGCAUUACUUCUAAAGUAGACGUUUAUAGCUAUGGGGUUGUUGUGUUGGAAAUGGUAACUGGAAAGAGCCCUAUGGAAAUCCACAGCCUUGAGAACAGUAACGGCAUAGAGCAGCGUCGGUUACUGACGUGGGUGACUGACAAGAUAAACAGUGCACCCACAAGCAAGUUUUGGAUUGAGGAGAUUGUAGAUCCCAACUUGGAGGGCCGAUACGUCAUUUCGCAGGUUGAGAUUUUGGUUAAAGUGGCUUUGCAAUGUGUGAAAGAUGACAUGAAUGAAAGACCGUCCAUGAGCCAAGUGGCUGAGAUGCUUCAGUCCCAUGAUAAUGAUAGAGUCUCCCCUCGUUAG